AUGAGCAGCGAGACGGAGCCCGCGAAGGCCCUCCUCCCCUAUCUCCAGAGAGCCGAUGAGCUUCAGAAGCACGAGCCUCUGGUCGCCUACUACUGUAAGUUGAGCACUUUUGCAUUGGAUUGCGGUCUAGAAGAACCCUAGAUGGAAUUCUCUGGCCGCCGACCUGUGGGUAUAUAUGUUGUUAAUUAUUUUGGUGCCUCGUAGGUCGUCUGUACGCAAUGGAGAGGGGGCUCAAGAUCCCAACCAAGGAUCGCACCAAGACUACAAACUCGAUCCUUGUCUCCCUCAUAAAUCAGCUGGAGAAGGUGCUCCCAUGAUAACCUUCAUUGCCUGUUUGGGUGUUCUGAUGGUGUAUGAAAUGGAUUGACAAUUCUAAAUUUAGGGUUUAUUAUGGGAAAAUACGAGCUUGUUCUGCAUUGAUAUAAGAUCAUGUUAUGCUGUUGGUUCUCUCUUUUUCAGUGUAGGCUUCUGAUCGAAAAUUUAACUGCAUCGUUCAAUGAUUCAUACGAUUUCCUCUGCAGAUGAAUCAACGGGAUAAACCGCAGUCCCUCUGGCUCCGUUUAUUCCGACACGCUUUUUGUGCGUAUUUCUAGCUGUCCGGACAGCUGUCUAACCUUCUCUCGUGCUUCUUACCGGGUCAACAUCUUUCGAUGCUGAUACCUUUGGCGAACCCUAUUGACAAAAUUUCACCCCCUUCUCACAAGCGAAAAGGCCGAUGAUCAUUGUCUCCUGUUGAAUUACAAAGUAGGGCAUUCCGAUAGCCGCUGUUUGUUUUCUAUCUGCAAAGCCAGAUAAGCCUUAAAACCUGGAACAGCUAAGUUUGUCGUUUCUUUCCUUAUGGGCCUUAAGCGAACCUUGAUGCGCGUCUUUUGGUCAGCAUGCAUGCAGCCGAUUUCACCAGUCUCGCCAGUGGAUAUUCAUAGUUCGUGCGACUUUUAUCCUACAUGAAUUAUUUUCAUUAUUAUUAGGGUAUGAAAUAUUAGCUUGAAGUUGAAGUAGUUGUCUGGUACUUGGAACCAAGCUUCUUUUCUCUCAGAUGUCUGGAUAACCUGAACAAGAUUAAAUUUAAAACGAUUCAUCAUGGAGUCUAGGACCAGUUAAAGUACUAUAUAGGGUUAAAUAGUACAGUAAUAGCCCAUCAUUGAUCACAUAUGCAUAGAAAAAUAACUGCUUCAAAGACUAGUGUGAAUCUGAUCAGACUGGGAGUUGGAAAUGCUCUUUUUGAUCCAUUAGUCCAAGGGAUUUCUUUGCAUUAGUAUAGCUCAAAUAGUCAUGAGUUUGGCAUGUUGGUAUCCGCAUGCCUGCGGAUUAUAUUUUCAAUUUGAUGAAAGUUAAAGUAGAACAAUAGAAUUUUGACAAGAGAUAAGGAAUUAUCUUUAUAUGAGAUUAUAUUUUUCAAGUUUUCUCGUAAUUCUCGAGUAUUCUACAUUCAAAACUAAUGAUUACGAGGUAAAAAAUAAUAUGUCAACACAUAGGACCUGCCAAAGUAUUAAUUCUAUCAAAUUCUUUUGUUGAACUGUAGUAUAUAAUUCGAUUCGGAUAUUUGUAUGCCUACGACUAUUUUAUAAAAUACUAGUGAACUGGUAUCUCACCAGGUCGGUGCAUCAUAUACCACUGCCAGCUGAACCGGGGUUGUAUGUGUAGGGCUUUUACCAUGAUGACUUAAUAAAACAGUUAAUAAAACAGAGAUCCAUCAAUGGUUUGAACUUUAAAAUGAUUCUUCCAGUUAGAUUGCCCUCUAUGGUAUUGUUGAUGCGUCCAAAGAAAAUAUUUCUUCCGACCACUUACUUCUUAAUGUUUUCUUUGUUGACUUGGUUGAUUAAUACAAGCAUGAACAAACAUAGCCAAAAAUUCUCCAAAAUGGUGAGAUCAGCGAGGCAAGUACUUUGUUCUCCAAAUUCAAGAUCCUUGUUCAUUUGUUUUGGGGAGUGUUGCUGUGGAAGUGUGAAUUGUUUUUGAAAAUAAUGUGAAAUUGUCAAGUGUUCACUGUCAUUGCAACUAAGUCAUGUUUUAAAUCAAUGGUGUCUGACCGGUUUAAGUAAACGCUCAAUGAACUCAGGUUUUGAUUUUUAUUUCAACAUGAUAGUUCUCUCAUUCUUUCAAGUGCUGUUUAACAUUGCUCCCAGAAAGUAAACAGCUUUUUUAAAGUUUAAUACCUUUAUUAUCCAUUCAAUGUUUUAUGUUCUCCUUGAUGAUGUGAAGAUAUUAUGCUGUUGUAGGACAAGAAAUCAUUGAAGUUGGGUCCUGAGGACAGUUUGUAUGUGGAAGGAUUUGCAUCAAAUGUGUUUGCAAAAGCAGAUAAGCAGGAUAGAGCAGGGCGAGCUGACUUGUAUGUUUCCCACAAUCUUUGGAAAAAAAUAAAUCUGCCUAUGCUUUAAUUUUACGCAUGAUAUUUUCUCGAAAUUAAUCAAUUCCUUUCCUUCUCGCAGGAAUACUGCAAAGACUUUUUAUGCUGCAAGUAUCUUCUUUGAAACUCUGUAUCAAUUCGGUGAACUACAGCCUGAUGUACGGUCGUGAUCAGAUAACUUCUCUGAAAUUGAUAUUAUUCCAUUGAUAUAUCGAAUCUUAUGUCAUCUACCUUUUUCUAUUUCAGUUAUCUAGAUAACCCUAUUGUCUUCUUGAAAUGUGGAUCUCAAUCUUAUGUGCAGAUUGAGCAGAAGCAGAAGUAUGCCGCAUGGAAGGCAGCUGAUAUAAGGAAAGCAUUGAAGGAAGGUCGGAAACCUGAACCAGGACCCCCAGGCGGUGAUGAGGAUCUCUCAAUCCCCCCAACAACAGCAGCCAACGUUUAUGUAUGCUUCUAAACCCUUUGUAGUUUCUGGUAAUUCUUUUUACCCAACAAAAAGGUCAACAAUGAAAGCAUUGACUUCGAAUAGAUGAGUCAGCCCCUUUCUUAUCUCCACCUCAAACAAAGCAGUUGACUAGCAUAGAAGCAAUUUUCUCUUGUACCCCUCCUAAGUCACAUAAUGACCUCCCUCCUGGUUUCCCCUACCUUUUCUUGCUCCUAUAUCCCCAUCUUCAGUACUCUUGUUGCCUAAGUUAGGCUCCUUGCUGAAUGGGACGAGGUGGAAGAGGCGAUAAUCAAGUUAUUAAAGAGAUUAAUCAAGGAAACUAGUGCAAUAUUGGCCCUAGUGAAGGUCUCUUGCAGCGUAGUUAUGCCAGGGCCUUCCAGUGUUUGUCCUUUUCAGGAACAUUACUACGAAUUCUCUGGUAGAUGGGAUGAUCCUUUCUGUUAAUGGGAAAAAAAAGUAGAGUCAUAGCGCUGAGUUAAAUUUUUUUUUUUGAUUUAAAUCCUUGAUUUUCAGUGCUUGUAUAUUGUAACUAUCAUUCAACUAAAAUCAUAUGCAAAAUAUGAAAUAUCCAGAAAAAAUUUCCACUGUUAGGAGGAGAUUAUGUUCUUUCUCUCGUGUGCUUUUUUCCUCUUAUUUUGUGAAAAACUAUCAUUUCAAGAGAAGUUAUGCCAUUUUUGGUAAAAAAAAAAUAUCCCCUCUUAGAAACCUGAAUUAUUUGGGUUUUCUGGAGUGACUACGAGCAAACAUCUAGGAAUCAACUUUUAAUGGGAAUUUUGUUAUUUUUGGUCAAGUUGCAUUACAACUGAAAGCUUGCAAAUUUUCAACUUCCUGAGCUUUCUCUUCUUCCCUUGCAGGAUGUGGGCCGCCCAGAGAGCUCCCCUUUCAAUCCCCCACCUGCUAAUGCAUCUCAUCAUGUAGACAAUAUUAAUCAGCAGCAUUCUCGUGAAAACUCGCCCCCUCCACCUUCCUCUUACCCGGGACAAGGGUUUCCCUCUACCGAAGCCCACCAACCCCCUCCAGCCACCCACCGGCCUGAAAGCCCGACGUAUUCUCACCCUCAUCUCGAUCAGUUUUAUCCAUCCAAUCAGCGAGCCACCCAGAGCAUCUCCCCGGAGGACCAAUCUCCACCAGGCCAUUCCUUCAAUGGCAGCACCCCACUGCCGCUGCCGCCGCCACCAAAUUGCCCAUCAUCCUACGACGGCGUGCGGCCGCAUGGCGGCUACCCUCCUCAUGACCGAUCAUUUGAUAACUAUCCUCCCCAUGACGGCGUGUCGCAGCAUUACCCUUCUCAUGAAGCUGCAACUGGAGUCUCCUCCCCUUAUACUUACCCUAAUUUUCAGACCUAUCCAAGUUUUAAUGACAGCAACCUUCCUGUGGUCCCUACCCAGCACCCUUCUUACUACCAUGGCUCUGACCUCGCCCAGCCAUACCAGCCACCUCCCCCUGCCCCAACUUACACAUCACCGGGGCCAACUGAUGCGAGCCGGAGGAAUGGGCCACUGCCUGCGACAGUGUCUCCCGCCGCCGCCAAAUAUGUGUAUGACAGCAGCUACCAGCCGUCUGUGGAGAAGAUUGCAGAGGCACACAAAGCAGCUAGAUUUGCUGUUGGUGCUCUGGCAUUUGAUGAUGUGCCGGUGGCUGUUGAUUUCCUCCAGCGUUCCCUUGAAUUGCUGACCAAUCCUUCUGCGGAGAGUCACUGA